AUGCUAUUCGUCUAUUUGGAGAGAAAUAACCAAUUGAAAAAAGAGAAAUGUCCAAUUGAAAGCAUUAUUUUUUCCCAUGGCAAUAUAAAAAUAGUAUCAGGCUGCCCCUUUAUGGAUAGCAAGGAAGAUGAGAACAAAGAUGUUUCUAAUAUUCUGGAAAAGCCAGGUCAGCAGUUAAAGAAGCUGGUGACAAAGCCUGCACAGGGGCGAGACACAAAGAUAGAUGAAGACUCUGAGAAAAGUGAUGACGACUCAACGCAUCAAAUAACCCAUGGGGAAGAAAUACUUGAGGCAGUGAAAGAAGAAAACAAACUGAAGAAGGAAAGGAGCAAGCGCAACAAAAGAAAGGUUUUGGACGAUCUUGAUAGCAAAGAGCAAUUUUCUUUUUUUAACAUCCUUGCGUACAUUGAGACAAGUAUGUCUGGUUUCUACUUCUAUCUAGCCACUCUCUCGUAUCUUAUAGUUGGGUGCUUUGCAAUUAUGGUAUGGCCAUGUGCAGUUCUUCUUAUAGAGAAAUCCCAUGUGCCAAAUAUUUUUAAGCCAAUUUCUAAGUACAGUGGAAUAACAGCCUCUCAGAUUAACUUCAAGCUUGGGCUGUUUCUGUGUGCUGUGUUUUUGAGUUAUGUUGUGAUAUAUCUGAUCGCGAAUCGGGUUGUGUUCAUAUAUGCAAUGAUCUGCGACAUUAUCAAUCACAAGAUAAGCAGCGAUGGGAAGAUCAUUCUGUUCAUCAUUGAUGAUAUAAAACAGAUUAUUGCGCUGCUUGGCGUGAGUAUCUCUGCAGUCAUUUACUGUAACAUAUUCAUGGAGGAGUACUCUUUGACUAAAAUGGAAGUGCGUGGGUAUGGAAGGCUGGGCGGAUACUCUGUGUGUGCAUCCUUUUUGCUUAUGUUUUUCAUUCUGGAGAAGUUUUGCCUAAAGCUUGCUGUUGCGUACUGCGGAAAUAACGUAUUCUCUGGAAGAAUUGGGGACGUCAAUCUGAAGACAUCAAUACUCAGAAGGCUUGCCCAGUACUCACAGGCAAUAAAUGUAAGAGGAGGAAGUGAUCUAGGAUCAGAGAUGCUGGAAGGCAUUGAGAUUACAAACACCUUUUUGGUGCACUUUCCAGACUUCAAGAUAAAGUCAAAAGUGCAGUGCGAGGAGAUUGUGUAUGAGAUUUUAUCAAGAGUGUCUCCAGGAGAGAUCUCAGAAGAUGCUUCAAAUUCGUCCCAAGGCGCAUCAGACCCGCGGCUGAAUCUGCACAUCACAAUUGACAAUAUAAGAGAGGCCUUUAAUACGCAGUGGAUGGAUAUUUGGAAAUACUUGGAAGAGCAUGAGUAUGUAAAGGAAAUCAAUGGAAAUUCUGUCAUCACUGGAAAAAGCCUUUUGGAUAUGGCAACUUCAGUGUACGGCGAGAAAAUAGACUUGAAAAGAACCCUGUAUGACAGAGACAAGAUACUUGGGGCCCUGGACAAUAUUCUGCAGGUAAUUGCCCUUAUUCUUACUCUUAUGAUCAGUACGCCCUUUAUUGGGUAUGACCCAGUGAAGACUCUUGCUGGUUUUGUGCCUCUGCUUAUGAGUUCAGGAUGGCUGUUCGCUGACAUUAUUAAGGAUGUCUUUAAUAACUUCAUCUUUUUGCUGCACGAGCAUGCCUUUGAUGUUGGGGAUAAAGUACUUCUGAAGGAUAAUGAAUUCACUGUUCUCAGAAUAGACCUUAUGUAUAGCACAUUCACCUCGAAGGGAGGCACUGUGUGCUACAUUCCAAACAAAGAGCUGAUAAAAGAGUCAAUCUUUAACAUACGGAGAAGUGAUAUACAGACAGAGCUAGUGGUGUUUAUAAUAAAGGAUGAAAUAUCCAUUGAGAAGCUGGAUGAGAUCAAGGAGAAGAUAAUAAAUAUAUUGAAGAGAAAGGAGCUCGACAGCAAGAAGCGCAUCGGCAUACAGGAUUAUGAAACAAAGUCGCAGACCACUGUAGUCACAUUCAGAAUCGAGUAUCUGUGCAACUUCAGGGACCCUGAGCCAAAGUUCACACGAAGACACAUUCCUUUGGAAAUUAUUCAAAAAGGUAUUAUUUCUGCUGGCUGUUCAUACAUGGAGCAGAAAGCACAGAGCACUGUAUAA